UUCAAUCUACACUUCGCCAAUUCGCGUUGCACAUGCCAAGUCUCAGAGCCGGAUCUCACCGAAAUCAGACCUGAUUGCCACUCUACAACUACUCUGCCGGCUGAGUUCUUGCAUUUUCGAUAUCAUCAAAGCUCUUGAGUUAAACUUCUUGCUAUCACACCCGAAUCAAAAUGCAGACGAACCAGCCCUUUGGAAAUUUACUGCUCAAUCUUCCAGAGUAUUAUGAUUCUCCAACGCUAUCCGAUGGCACCAUAACAUGUGAUGGAAAAGAAUUUCGAAUCCACAAGAUCGUGCUUUCCGCUCAAUCUAAGUUUUUCUCGAACGCUUUCGAAGGGAAAUGGAAGGAGUCAGUGGAGGGUACUAUCCCUCUAAACGAUGACGAUGUCUCUGCUGUCGAGGCAAUGCUUCGAUUCCUGUACUCUUUUGACUAUGAUGCCAGUGGGAGCGUGGCUGAUGUUGCUUCGCCGAUGGUGUUCAACGUCAAAGUGUACAGCAUAGCAGACAAGUAUGAUGUUCCAGCGUUGAAGUCGAUCGCUAGAGAGAAAUUCAAGGAAUCGGUCAAAACCUGCUGGAACAUGGACGACUUUCCGCACGCUAUUGCGGAAGUAUAUAGCUCCACGCCGCCAAACGACCAAGGGCUUCGAGACUUGAUAGUUGAAGUCGCAUGCGAACGUAUUACAGAGCUCUUGCAGAAGCAGGGAUUUCGCGACGUUUUGGGAGAGGCUGUUGGCUUCGCUUCAGAUUUAGUCAAGCUCCAGGCGAGCAAAAAGAGACCGAAUGAAAAGCAGGACAGAACUAAGUACAGAUGUCCAAAUUGCUCUAAAUAUUGGGAGGCUGCAUCUUCUGAAUCUAGGUACUAUUGCCUUUAUUGUGGGGUUCAUUACUCGAACUGGAGUUCAUAUGUUGUAGAGUAAUCGACACGAAGGUUUCUUAAAGCAACGGGCUCCUGUAUCUUCAAUUUGAACUUUCUGUCACAAACACAGUGUUGUUCAAUCAUUGCUGGGGUGGUUUAUCUUCCUUAGGAGUGAAGCAAACGUUGGCUCCAUUCAGCUCUAUCGGCAGACUAUAUGCAUUACCCAUCUUCCAU